AUGCCUGACAUCAAACGCCAGAUCAAGCUCGUCACUGAGCAGCACGUCUUCCGAUGGUUCAAGUUAUCUAACAAGUACUUCUCCAACAACAGGCCUGAUGUCCCUUCAGAAGUCGAGGGCUUCCCCAUGCGCGAAUGGAGCAUCGAAGUCUACGUAGUCGGCCCCAACGACGAACAACUACCUGCCACCUGUUUCGAGAAGCAAGCUCCUUUCAGAAUCCAAGAACAAGGAUGGGGUGAAUUCGACAUGUCCAUCCCCAAGGGCGAGCAGACCAUCUUCCACGACUUGAACUUCCAGCAAGAACGCUACGAGAGUCUGCAGCAGUUUACUUUCCGCAACCCUAAGCCCGAGCUUGUCGACAGAUUGAGGGAAUCCGGUCCCGUUGGCGAUGCCAAUGGUGCUGCUAAGCCUGAGAAGAGAAAGAAGGCAUCCAAGACUCAAGUCGAUAUGGAGAAGUUGGCCGAGGGCCUUGAGAGACUUGGCGAAGACGACCUCCUGCACGUCGUCCAGUUGGUGCACGACAACAAGACUGAAGAAACAUACACCAAGAACGACUUCCACGUCGAUCUCUACACUCUCCCCGAUCAGCUCAUCAAGAUGCUGUGGGACUUCGUCAACCAGAAAGUCAACAUUGCAGAUUUUUGA